GUUGUCGUCGUCGUCAUCGUCGACGUCGUCGUCGCCGGCCCCGCCGUUGUCUCGCUCUUUCAUUUUCCUCUAUCUCUCUCGCUGCUAUUUAACUGCCGGAGAGACGACACUAAGAAACACGUUUGUUUAAAAUUCGUCAAGUUCCUCGAGGAGAGGAGCGAGAGAGACUUUCUUAAGGUAAUGCGUCCCAUGCAACAGGCUCCAAUGGCCCCGACACAUCAGCCUGUGCAACAUCAUACCCAUCAUCAAUUGUUAUCAAUGGCACCACAUCAACAACAACAUAUGCAUCAUAUGCAGCAUCCAGCCAUGACCAAUCAACGAAUUUUGAUGGGUAUGAGCACUCAGAAUUCUAACGGCACGAUCGCGUUGGUGAACGUUGGAUUAAAAGAUCAGGCAAAUGCUAUUCCUUUGACGCUCCAGAAUCAUCCUUCAAUUCAACAACAGCAACAAUCUAUUCAAAAAAAUAUUGAACAAAAGAAGAUUCCAAAUGAUGAUUCUGGUGAGUCAAAGGAUGACGGCUCAGGGAGCCAGCAGCAGUGCCAAUCUAACGCGACCAACGCCAAUUUGGCAAACACGCGAGAAAAGACACCUAUGUGCCUGGUGAACGAACUCGCCAGGUUCAAUAAGAUCCAGCACCAAUACAGGUUAACGAACGAGCAAGGGCCCGCGCACAAAAAACGCUUCACCGUAACGUUGAUGCUCGGCGAAGAGGAAUACGUCGCCGAUGGGCCAAGCAUAAAAAAGGCACAACACAGUGCAGCCAGCCAUGCUCUGACGAAGACCUGGUACAGAAAACCACCACCCAAGCCCACCAGAGCCAUCAGGAUGCCCGGAAAGUGCCCAACCGGUUCUGGAGGACAUUUACCGCCGACAGUAGAACUAAAUGCUCUGGCGAUGAAGAGGGGGGAACCGACAAUUUAUACAUUUAGACAUGCACCCCCGGCAACAACUCCAGCACCACAGCAAUUCAUCGCACACGGCUUUACGUUUCCACGGAUAUUUACACCGCGAUAUUCAACUUAUAAUCGUGGCUUUCAUCCAGAACCUCAAGGAAUUUAUCUUGUCACAUUAAAGGUUGGUGAGAGAGAAUUCAUAGGUCGGGGUACAACGGGACAAGCAGCACGACACGAUGCGGCAAGCCGUGCACUCGAGCAGCUUCGACAACUGCCUUUACCCGAGGAGAUGGUGAAUUCCACGGUGGCGGUGGGCGAGGGCGUCGGAAACGAUGCCGGAUCUAGUGGUAUCGACGAUCCCAACGCAGAACUCAAAAGUUCCGUAUCACUAGUGCACGAAACGGCCCUUAAACGUGGCCUCUCUGUUAGUUUUGACGUUGUCUCAGAAACUGGCAAACCACACAUCAGAACCUUCAUGACUAGAUGCACAGUCGGCGAGAAAGUCACUUUAGGCGAGGGAUCCUCGAAAAAGGUAUCUAAAAAGCGUGCUGCUGAACUGAUGCUGGAAGAACUGAAGCGUCUACCACCAGUUGCUGUAAAUAUUCGGAAUCUGCGCUUGAAACGUAAGCCCUCAGCGACAAGAAAGAAGUCACGCAAUCUGAUCAAGGUGUACCAGGAGCCACGUACUGAAUCGGACAGCUCCGACGAGGUGAACCCUAUUUCUCGCCUUGUCCAAAUACAGCAAGCCAAGCGCGAACGCGAACCGAUGUAUAAUAUCGUGGAAGAAAAGGGUGCGCCUCGGAGGCGUGAAUUCAUCAUGAAAGUUUCGGUCGGACAAUACUCAGCCCAAGGAAUAGGACCGAAUAAAAAAUUAGCAAAAAAGGCUGCAGCCGAGGCACUUCUUAAGACUAUGGGAUACAGUAAACCACAGCCACAACCAACAAAGCCGUCCAUCAAAAAUAGUAACAGUGUUGGGGUGGGAAGUAAUGGAACGGAAAACAAAGAAAAUGAAGGCAAGCGAAAGGUCACUUUUGUAGAAGUUGAUACAAACAACGAUACAACGCACAAUCAUUCUCAAGGAGGUACUAUCGGACGUCAAUUAGUUCCUGGACUUCUUCUGGUAGAUAAUGGUGCAGAUUCUAAAGUUAUCAGCGGACCAAGCGUUCAAAUUGUUGCUGAGGAGCUGCGCGGGCAGCAGCAGCCCCAGUCGAAUAUUGUCUCACCAAAGGAGCAACUCAAAUAUCUUGCUCAACUGCUUGAUUUUGAAGUACAGUUUAGUGAUUUUCCAAAGGGCACCUAUAAGGAAUUCCUAUCGCUUGUUUCGCUGAGCACGGAUCCACCGCAAGUCUGUCAUGGCCAUGGACCCACCAAAAGCGCUAGUCGUGACCAAGCAGCACUUACUGCAUUGCGGACCCUAAGUAAAUUAGGUCUGGAUAGUGUUACUAAUUCCAACAAAAAAGACAAAUCCAACACCACAUCUAAUAGUGACGGAAAUGGACUUCACACCUACAACACGCAGAUUCAGAGUAACAGCGUCAUUAAUGGUGCAAUGGAUAAGUGAAAAAGAAAGAGAAUUUUUCCUUUUUUGUUUUUUUUUCUUUUUAUUCACAUUGCUCACUAAAGUUUUUCCUUCAUUAAUGCUUUACUUCAGACACGUUCCGUGAUAAACAGUAUGUAUUGACAAUAUUUUAUUAACUUUUCAUUGUGCGAGUGUAAAGUUACACGGAAAAGGUUACUAAUGUAAGAAAAUAUUUUGUGAAAAGAAUAAAAAUAUGUUUAUCUAUUGCUUGAUGGAAAGAUUGAAAUUAACGAGUAAAUGUUACUUUUGUUAAAUUGGAAUUAUGAAUUCAUGAUUAUGAGUUAAGUAACUGCUUGUGUGUGAAAUAUUUGUUGAACUAGCUUUUUAAUCCUUUUUAAAAAUUUAUGGGAU